AUGUCGUCCACCACUCCCACCACCCCUCCCUCCGAUAUCCGCAUUCUCACCCUCAACUGCUGGGGGCUGAAAUAUCUCGCCAAAUACCGUCAUGAGCGUCUUUCGGAGAUCGGUCGCCAGCUGGCUCUGGCGGACCCUCCCCCGCAGAUUGUAGGACUUCAGGAAUGCUGGACGCAGCAGGACUACGAAAGCAUUCGCGAGCAGACCCGUCACUUGCUUCCCUACGGCAAAUUCUACUUCGGCGGCAUCUGGGGCGCCGGCCUGGCCAUCCUGUCGCGAUGGCCCAUCGAGGAGAGCAGCAUGUUUGGAUAUCCGCUGAACGGCCGGCCGACGGCCUUCUUCCGCGGCGACUGGUACGUCGGGAAGGGCGUUGCCUGUGCGCGCGUGCGGUUUGGUCCGGGCGUGGAAGACGUCGCCGAGGUGUUCUGCACGCACCUCCACGCCCCCUACGAGCGAGAGCCCAACGACUCGUACAUCUGUCACCGCACCGCCCAGGCGUGGGAGAUCGCCAAGCUGAUGCGCGGCGCCGCUGAGCGCGGUCACUUGAUCAUCGGUCUGGGUGAUUUCAACAUGCUGCCCUCCUCGUUCGCCCACCAGCUCAUCUGCGCGCACAGCCCCGUCCGGGAUGCCUGGCAGGUUCUGCACCCGGACUCCUCCGUCGGCGCCGCCAUCGACCCCGUCGAACAGAAACGCAACAAACCCGUGCCCACGGCCGAGUUCAAUAUCCAGGAGAACGGCGCCACCUGCGACGGCAAGUUCAAUACCUGGCGCUGGUCAGAGGCCGAUCGCAAGCGGUUGGAGAAGGGCGAGGAGGUGACGGUGGACAAGGACAGCCCCGACCCGCGCGGCAAACGGCUGGACUAUAUCUUCGUGGGCGACGGCGGCUACGCGCCGGCGUUCCCGGCUCCGCGCUGGUCGGUCGAGUCGGUGCAGAUGUCCAUGAUGGGGCGACACCCGCAGCUGCGCUGUUCCUUGAGCGACCACUUUGCGGUCGAGGCCGUCAUUACCCGCGCGUCGUCCCGCCCUGCCAGCGCGAACACGUCGGAGCAUCCGACCGUGACCCCGAACACGACGCUCUCCCCGGACACCUACGACCGCAUCCUCGACAUGAUCCAUAGCUACGGGCAGCGCGAGCGGUCCCAACGGUUCUGGCGAGUAGCGCAUUUCGUGGCCUCGGUGGUGGUGUCCAUCGGGUGUUUCAUCGGCGUGUGGUGGACCGGCGAUCACCUGCCCUACGUGGCGUUCAUCCUGGUGGUCGUCAGCACGUUGAACUUCGGAGCAGGGAUCUUGGACGGACUGAUUGGCGGACUGUUCAUGUCGAGCGAGAUCCGCGCGUUGAAGGAAUUUGAAUGGGAGGUACGUAAUGCGCGACGGUUGGUCGAGCCCGAUCAGAAGCAGGAAACCUGA